AUGGGAUCCACUAAAAGAAAAGAAAUUGAUGUCAUUAACCUUAUGAUGAGCAAUUAUAAAGUGGAAAUCAUCAAAGAUACCAUGGAUGACCUGAUUUUAGAUUUUUUUGGACCGCCAAAUUCUUUAUACGAAGGUGGGCACUGAAAAAUUCAUAUAGAAAUCCCAACUGAUUACCCAUAUAAAUUUCCAUCUAUCAGAUUUGAAAAUAAAAUUUUCCAUCCGAAUAUAAAUGAGGAGACUGGAAGAAUAUGCUUAGAUGUUCUCAAUCAAACUUGGAGCCCUAUGUUUGACUUGAGAAAUAUUUUCGAUUCUUUUAUACCUCAAUUACUUAUGUAUCCAAAUCCCUUAUCUUAUUUAAACAUGGAAGCAGCAAGUUUAUUGCUAAAAAAUCCAGAAAAUUAUAACAAAAAAGUCAAAGAAAUGGUUAAAAAAUAUUCAAUUAAACCAAAUGAGGAAUUAUCUGAAAUUAGCUUGGAUGGGCUAAGUGAUCUAUCAGACACAUCUGAUUUAGAUCCUGAAUUAUUAUAA